UCCCCAAGGCGUCUUCAGCCCGUCCCGGGGGACAGAAACUGGAGCACUAUCUUGCACGGGGCAGACACUCCGACAACCUGGCAGGAGGCAUCAUGAGGCAGAGGGGACGCGCUGCGCUCCUGGUUGUGCUGCUGCUCUUGGCACAGCUGCACCCCGGGAGCUGCCAGUGGAACCCAGAGGCUGCGGCAGCGACUGGGGUCCAGGAUCCGAAUCUGCGAUGGAGUCCAGGGGCACGGAAUCAAGGUGGCGGCGCCCGCGCGCUUCUCUUGCUAUUAGCUGAGCGCUUCCCGCGCCGCACCGGAUCCCGUACUGCAAGCGAGCGGCAGCGAAGGGACGACCCUCCGCUGUCCAUCGACCUCACCUUCCACCUGCUGCGGACCCUGCUGGAGCUAGCUCGGACACAGAGCCAGCGCGAACGCGCGGAGCAGAACCGCAUCAUAUUCGACUCGGUGGGCAAGUGAUAGGCACAAAAGCCUUGACCCUUUCCCCUACCUACCCCUGGGCUGGAGCGCGCACGAUCGGAGCUGGCUUAGUCCCGUGGUGCAGCGCCGCCCAGAGUCACCCUGAACACUCUGAGUGGCUAUUUUUUAAUAAAA